AUGGAAUGGGACGCCCUAAAAAUUAAAAGGUUGUUCAUAGACGAAGACACAACAGCCAUCCUAAGUAUCCCCUUACUGAUUUACUUAUCUCAAGAUCGAGUGAUUUGGCACCACAACAAGGAUGGUAUAUACACAGUGAAAUCAGGCUACCAUCUGGUGAUAAAUGAAAAGAAGGAGAGACUACAGCCGAACCAUAAUGCGUCCUGGAAUCAUAGAGUACUAGUAGAUUGGAAAUGGCUCUGGGAAAUGAAACUUCCAAACAAACUCAAGGUAUUCUUCUGGAAGCUCCUUUGGAAUGGACUACCAACAGGAGAAGAGCUAAAUAAAAGGCUGAACACAUCCCACCUUUGCCCGCAUUGCAACCAAAUAGAGAACAAUUUGCAUCUUUUCUUCAAAUUUCAUUUUGCAGAAAGAGUAUGGUUCGCUUCACCCCUAUCCAUUCGCAGCAAUAACAUUCAGGGGGAGCAGUUUAAGGAGGUUUGGGAAGUUCUGAUAGCUAAUCUAAAGGAAGUGGACAGCUCAGGUAAAUGCACACAACUAUUCAUGUUUCUCAUGUGGGCAAUUUGGAAAGCCAGGAACUUCAAAGUGUUCAAGGAGAAGGAAUGGUUGGAGAUCAAUGUACCUAGUAUGAGGCUAGGCCAAAUACGUAGGAAAGCCUGUCCAAACCACUGCAUUAGAAUAAAUUACGACGGGGCAAUAAAUGUAGCGUAUAAGUUUGGAACUGUGGCUUUUGUGGCAAGAAACAAUAACGGUACAAUCCUGGACUCAAAAGCAGCAGUUUUCCGUGGUAUAUGGGACCUCGGAGUUAUGGAAUUUCUCGAUUUACUGGAAGCAAUGCGAUGGAGCAUUCAAAAAGGAUGGCAAAGUGUGUUUUUUGAAGGGGACGCCGUUCGGAUUACACAAUCUGCAAACUCGGGAUUCUGUUAUUUGGCUACGGGUUGGGGUAUCUGUCAAGAUAUAUGGCGCUUAAAACACUCGCUAAAGGAAACACACUUUGGAUGGAUUGAGAGAAAAUCAAACCGGGAAGCUCACAAGGAGGCAACGGAGGAGAAGAAGAUUUUCUUGAGAUAA